AUGGAUCCUCUCAGUGUGACUGCCAGCAUCAUUGCUAUCCUCGACUUGACUGGAACAUUGAUGAAAUAUGUCAACGAGGUGCGACAUGCCCCAAAACAGCGAGCUCAGCUUGCGCGUGAGGCAAGCAAUCUGUAUGCCUUGCUCACAACUCUUCGCUUUCGAGUGGAAGAAGCUCCGACCAAUGACCCAUGGUUCAACCAGAUUAAGCUCCUAGUGGUCGAGAACGGUGCCCUCGACCAACUCAGAACAAUCCUCAUGAGGCUAGUCCCUAGGAUUGAUACUUCAAACAAGUUGAAAGACCUGCUAUGGAAAUUCAACAAGGCAGAGGUUGAAGAAGCUCUCGUCAAGAGUGAUCUAUCCGAAAUGGCACAAACCAUGAACCCCUUGUGUCUCGAAUCUGAGCGUGAAUGGCCGUCGAAGUUGUCCACUUGGCUUGACAUUCCUGGCCCGUCCUCAAACUAUGCAACAUCGUGCAAGCGAAGGCAACAGGGUACUGGCUCUUGGCUUCUACAAGACAAUCGCUUCAUCGCCUGGAUGGAGUCUCCCGGCUCGAGUCUGUGGCUUCACGGCAUCCCUGGUUGCGGGAAGAUUGUUAUUAGUGCCACAAUCAUCGACCGGGCUCUGGACAUGGCUCAUCCGAACGUGAUAUACUUCGAUUUCGACUUCAAUGGUGAUCAAAAGAGAAAGUUUAAUACGGCUCUUCGGUCUUUGAUCAUGCAGCUGGCCAAGCAGGUGCCAAAUGGCAUUCAGGAGGUUCGGAAUCUCCAUUUCGAAUGUCGAGAUGGUCAGCUACAGCCUCAAGAAGUUGCCUUGCUUAAAAUGAUGGACCGCUUGCUCGGAUGA